CACUGUGGCCAUCCACUAUUUCACAUUGAAAUGAUCAUACGAAAUCGCGCUGCAGCUGAUAACAGAUCACAUUCAGCUGAUAACUGACUUUAUUCCUGUCCGCUUUGUGUUCUAUCUAAGUUUGAGUAAAAGGCAUUUUGUCAUAGAAAGUUUGAGAUGAGUCUGUACCUAUUAUUGGGCGCGGUUGGUGGAGUUGUUGCGCCGUCGACGUCAGAGUAACUAAACCCAGUUCUUCUUGCUUACGCCUGCGGCAUUGGUAACCAUUUGGGUGAAGAGCCUGAAGACACACUAAGUUACUCCAAAUGGGUCACUCCAAGGAAGAUUGUCAAAAACUUCGGUGCAAGGAAGCAAAGCCCAUCGUCUUCGUCCUCGGUGGGCCGGGGUCGGGGAAAGGAACACAAUGUGACAGAAUAGUGCGGGACUUCGGAUUCCUACACUUAUCAUCAGGUGAUCUGCUACGGGAAGAGGUAAAGAAAGGAACAGAACUCGGGCGAGAGUGUGAGCAACUAAUGAAGGACGGGAAGCUGGUUCCUGUCCAAAUCACCUUAAACCUAAUCAAGAAAGCCAUGGAGGAGAGCAAGACAACGGCCAACGGCUACCUCGUCGACGGAUUUCCUCGUGCCAUAGACCAAGCAGAGCUAUUCGAGGAGAAGGUCGGGAGACCGAGAUUGGUGAUCUUCUUAGAGUGCCCUAAAGGGGAGAUGGAGAAGAGGUUGUUAAAGAGAGGAGAGACAAGCGGGCGCAGCGACGACAACAUGACCACCAUUCUCAAGCGCUUCGACACAUUCCAACGAGAAUCGCUGCCAGUGGUUCAGUUCUACAACCACCUCCAGCAAAACCUCGUAAUAAAGGUAUCGUCUGUUCCACCUCCGGACGAAGUAUACAAGCAGAUAUACUGCGCCAUCUUGAGCUUCCGAGGAGGCAUGGACGGUGAUACAAACUUUGCUGUUCAAUAAAGGACACCCCAUGAAUAUCACAUAUCGUGUGAGCUGAAUAUCUGACAUGGUAAGUACGAGAAUGCAUGAGCUGAAUUUGAGAAUUACCUCCUUCAAAAAUACAUAGGAUAAUUAAUCGUAACUUUCUCAUAUCUCAAUGAGUGGAUUUUGACCAACACUGAAGAAUACUUUUGGUGCAAGAGUUUGAACCUCCUUGUCCUAAGAAGGAAAAACAAAAAAAAACAAACAAGGUGUUUCAAGCAACCCACUAUGGCUAUCACAUGAAGCAUGCUUGACAAAGAGGUGUUUGUUUUUUUAAGAACCUACAGUCAUUUGGGGAAAAAGUUUUACACAGCAUUACACAUGUUAAUAUGUCCUAAAUAACAUUUGAAAAUUUCACAGUGAUAUUUUAUUAUCCUAUAAAUUAUGAAAACUGUGAAGUAAUUUACAAUGUUGACAAGCAUUUACAAAAAUGGGUCAUGAAUAGCAGAAUCUAGUGUGAAUCAAAGUCUUUUAAAAAGAAGGAAAUUCUAAAAAUGAAACCAUAAAUUUCUUAGUUCC